GGCUUCGUCUUGCGUCGGACUGUGCGCGCCUAGUUGCUAAGCGACCCUCCGCAGCGCCUCAGAUUAGCGGGUUUCUGGCCGCGGCUCUUGGUCGAUGGCGAAGUUCGUGCUGGCAGGUAGAGCAGAUUGCCCCUACUAUGCUAAGGCAGAACUCCUAGCUGACUAUCUGUGGAAAAAUUUGCCGAACUUCAGGAUACACAAGAUUGUUCAACAUCCUGACAACUGGGAGAAGUGGCUUCAGGAGAUCUGUAAUGAGAAUGGCUGGAAACACAAACGCUCCCCAAUUAUUUGGAGAGAACUGUUGGACCGUGGUGGAAAGGGCCUUCUUCUAGGAGGAUUCAAUGAAUUUCUAGAACAUGCUCAGCAAUAUUAUAACAUCACAUCAGAUAUGAUGACUGAAGAGAUGUUACUAAUAGCUAAUGAGAACUUGCAGACUUGCAUAGAAAUUGAAGCAGAAGAGAAAGAACUAAAAAGUCUUAUCAACCCCUUGCACAUUUGGCUUAAUAGAGCAUGCAGUCCUGCCUGUUAUCAUCUGAUCCCAUUAUUAAUUAAUGGAGAAAUAUUUGGAAUGGAAACUGAGAUAAGCCUUCAUUUGUUUGACAGAAGUAUUUUCAAAGACAUUCUUUGGGGUAUUGUUAUGGAGACUCAAGAUUUAGCAUCCUCAGUCCUUCGUAGUGUCACUUUACAUACUGAACUGGAGGACAUUUUCCUUGAUGCUGAUAUUAUCAUUUUGUUCGAUGACAUCCUACAGGAAACAAUCCCAACACUCGAACACUGUAUCCACCAAGUGACUAAUCAAUGUAAAACAUAUGGCCCUUUGAUAGAGCAGAAUGCCAAAAGCAAUGUCAAAAUUAUUGUGAUGGGAAAAACCUUUACCAACCUUAAGUCAUUAAUGCUUAUGACAUAUGCGCCCUCUAUAAAUCCUAGAAAUAUUAUCACUCUAGCCAUGCUAUUGGAAAGUGAAGCCAAAACUAUGGUAGCAAGAAAAAUACAAAUGCACCCAGCAGGAAUAAAAAACCUCAUUGUUUGGGGGAACAUCAGUGGCAAUAGCUUCGUUGAUCUGAGUAAAACAGAGCUAUAUAGAUAUGACAGUGCCAUCUGGGGCCCACCAAGUUUUUUUCGUCCUUUGUUGGAUGUGCUAUUUGAUCGUGAAUGGAUGCAAAUUGAAUUUGUGGCUUCACUGAGUUCACUAACUUCUUGGGGAGCUCGUGGUUUAGGAAUGGCAUCUGCACAUACAAUCGCUACUGUGCUGAGAUACUGGUACCAAGGAUCCCCUCCUGGAGAAAUGAUCUCCUUGGGAGUAAUUAGUGAAGGUCAAUUUGGUCUUCCUGAGGGGAUUGUCUAUUCGAUGCCAGUAAGGUUUGAGAAUGGCAGCUGGGAGAUCUAUACAGAAAUAGAAAUUAAUGAAAAAACUCAAUCAUAUCUUCUGAUCCUGGCCUGUGAUCUCAUUCGGGAAAAACAAGUUGCUUUAGGUGAAGUAGCAGAACUGAAUCCACAGAGAAGAGAUAUCCAUGCAAUAUAUCGUGAUGUAGCAGAAGAAGAGGAAGAAUUUGAAGUAAACAACGAAUCCAGAGCUUCCUUAAUUGACCAAGACAGAGCAUUGGAAAGUGAAGAUCAAACUGUUGCUGAAGAAAUGGAAGAUCCUGAUGAAUUAAAUGAGUCCAAAAAUAUUGAAGAAGAAAACACUGAAGUUGAAGAUGAUUAAGAAGCUAAAUGCAAAAUGAUUCUUUAAUGUGUAAUGAAAGUUAUAUUGCUUCAUUAGUGAGUGUAGAAAAACUGUAUGUUGUACUUCAAGAAAUAUAAUGUAAAGAAGAAAUACUGUUUUACUUUAUCAAAUUUCAUUUGCAAUUUAAAGUU